CAAGUCCGGGCUCUGAGCGGGUCUGGGGUUUUUUUGCUCUUCCCCGUCCACCUCUCUCUCUCUCCCCCCUUCCCCCCUUAGCGCUUUGUUCCCAGUCGUGACCCCGGGCUUUCGGAGAUUCCGCGGCCAACUGGUUUUCGCAGUCGCGCGGCGGCCGCCUGGAGAGCCCCGGGGGUGCGUCGGCGGCGCGGCCAAGCGCCCUCCCCCCACCCUAAGCCAUCCCAUCCCUCGCACAGGAAGCGAGAGCUUGUUUUGUCUCUGAGCUCAUUAGACCUGCCCGUUGGAUUUCGCCGCUGGAUCGCACAGCGGGGCGCCGCUGCUGCCUCUCCUGUUUGGGGGAAGGACCGUGCGUGUGGUGGUCGCGUUGAUGGGAGGACGCGCCAGGCUGAGGGGGUCGGGAUCAACCUUGUCGCUAGCCCCCCCACCCCCGGAAUCGGCUCAGGAUUAGCCACCAGGUGGGAAGUCUGCUCUCGUCGGGGCUCUUGCCCGUGCGCUGCCCUGCACUUUGGGAGAGUUUGGCGUCCCCUGCCGAAUUCACACGCGCCGCCGUUCCAGUUGCGAUGCUGUUGGACUGAGAUCGCCUCUUUUUGGCCGCGCGGACUGGAAAAAGAAGACAAUCGGGAGUGGCGCCUCUCUCUUUCUCUCAAUGAAAUCGGAUCGGAAUAAAAAGUGACUUUCCUCCACCCAGGAUUUUGGGGCAGGGAGGGGGGUUCCGCGCCCCGAAGCAGCGCGCAGAGGCAACGCGCGAGAGCCGGAGAGGGGAGCCCGGGAGGCGCGAUGGCCAGGCUCCGGGGUGUCGACUUGGCGGCGGCUGCCGUGCUUUUACUUUCGCAGUGCUUGGCUGACCGGUGGCAGCUCACCCAACCCUGGACCCCGAGGCGAAUGCAGGGUUCAUUUUAUGAAAUGGUUCGGAGCUUCCCACAAGUAGAGGAGAGUGUACAUGUGGAUUCCUACACAUACAAUCACAGAUGGAAACGGCGCUCAGAGUCUCUCAAGCCAGUGGACACCAACAGAGCCAGCAUGGGUCAGGACUCCUCAGAACCUGGAGGUUUCACAGAUCUGCUCCUUGAUGACACACACGACAACGCUACACAGAUUGAGGAGGAUAUGGAUCACAAUUACUACACUUCUAGAACAUAUGGGCCAUUUGAUUCUACCAGCCGAGAUCUGUGGGUGAACAUAGACCAAAUGGAAAAAGAAAAAGUGAAGAUCCAUGGGAUUCUGUCCAACACACAUCGACAAGCAGCAAGAGUGAAUCUGUCCUUCGAUUUUCCAUUUUAUGGUCAUUUCCUACGUGAAAUUACAGUGGCAACCGGGGGCUUCAUAUAUACCGGAGAAAUUGUACAUCGAAUGCUAACAGCUACACAAUAUAUCGCUCCCCUGAUGGCCAACUUUGACCCUAGUGUUUCAAGAAACUCAACUAUCAGAUAUUUUGAUAAUGGUACUGCUCUGGUAGUCCAAUGGGAUCAUGUACAUCUACAGGAUAAUUAUAACCUGGGCAGUUUCACAUUUCAAGCAACACUUCUCAGUGACGGGCGCAUCGUUUUUGGCUAUAAAGAGAUCCCUGUAUCAGUGACACAGAUAAGCACAACCAAUCAUCCUGUGAAAGUGGGAUUGUCAGAUGCAUUUGUGGUAGUCCAUAGGAUCCAGCAAAUUCCCAAUGUCCGUAGGAGGACAAUAUAUGAGUAUCACCGAGUGGAACUUCAGAUGUCAAAGGUCACCAAUCUAUCUGCUGUUGAGAUGAUUCCUCUGCCAACCUGUCUCCAGUUUGAUAGCUGUGGUCCCUGUGUUAUGUCCCAGAUUGGCUUCAACUGCAGUUGGUGCAAUAAACUCCAAAGAUGUUCCAGUGGAUUUGAUCGUCACCGGCAAGACUGGGUUGACCAUGGCUGCCCUGAAGAGUUGAAAGAUAAGAUUUGUGAGAAGAAUGUAGACACAACUGAAAUGCCUCCUCACAUCACUACUGCUAUACAGCAAACCACAAUGAGAUCCAGAGUUUUAACUACUACCAAAGGCGCCGCAACGUCCCUUCUGCCAACUAGCGUGCCCACAGAAGAUGAUACUAAGAUAGCUCUACACCUAAAAGAUAAUGGAGCCUCAACCGAUGACAGUGCAGCAGAGAAGAAAGGUGCAACUCUUCAUGCUGGCUUAAUUGUUGGAAUUUUCAUCCUGGUCCUGAUUGUGGCAGCCGCUGUCCUUGUGACAGUUUACAUGUACCAUCAUCCAACAUCAGCAGCGAGUCUUUUCUUUAUCGAGCGUCGCCCAAGCAGAUGGCCUGCAAUGAAAUUUCGAAGAGGUUCUGGUCAUCCAGCAUAUGCCGAAGUAGAACCAGUUGGCGAAAAAGAAGGCUUUAUUGUAUCAGAGCAAUGCUAGGAUUUCUGUGGCAGAUCACCAUAUUGGCUUACAGGCGAAAGGCGUUUUAUCUGCCUCUCAACUUAAAAGAAAGGACACCUAAACUGCUGUAACCUAAGAGAGACAGAAUAGAUUUCUGAGUAAACUUUCUCCAAGGAAAAAAAAGAAGUCCAUGGGAUACUUGAUCAUCCUUGCCCAAAGCAAGAUGGUGUAAAAUAUUUCAUUCACACAUCUCAGAAACACCUACAGUCUAAAAAUAUGGACACAAUUACCAUGCUCUUGGUUUCAGUGUAAGACUGAGCAAUGGAAUGUAUACAAAGCUGUAGAUCAGAGAAGUGCUUCCCUGUUUGAUCUAGCCUUCUGGUGUUUUUUAACAGUCACAAAUGGUUACCCUUUUCAUGCCCAGAGGCACUGAUCCUCAUUGACAAGGCUACUGAGAAGAACUAUCUGAUAACAGAUAACAUAGCUAAGCCAUUUUCUAUAAUUCCAUGAAUAAUACAGAUCUGGAUUUUUCUUUUCUUUCCAUUCCAUAAACAUUAUAUAUAUCUGGAAAUAGCAGAGUGUUUCUUGUAUUCUGUAGGGGUAUAUACUGUGAUUUUUUCACAACUAUAUUUGACAAAGCACUAGAGAGUUUUCUUUUUUUAAAAAAAGCAAGAAGGUUUUCACUAUGGUGAAAUUGGGCUGUCCAACUGGAAUAUAUAGUGAAAUUGGGCUAAUAUUCAGUUUCAAUGUUCACAAAAAUGAGAUUUCAGCAACAAUCCUAUAUAUAGUCAUUUAGGAGUAAGUCCUCUUGAAUUCAGUGACACCUGCUCCUUAAUAACCAUGUGUAGGGUUUGGCUGUGAGUUUCAGUGAUAUUGUUUACACUUCUAAAUGAUGAAUUGAACCAGAAGUGGAGGAUGGUUUCUAGCUGGUGAUGGAAAAAACAGCUACCGGACAUGUGGUUGUGUGAGGGAGUGUUACCAUGUAUAUCUCUCACUGUUGUUUUAUCACAGGUGGCUAAAGAGCAACAUUUUGGUUCCAGACUACCCUUCUCAUAUUAAACGUGUUGCAAAUCCAUGCAGAUUCAUAUAGUAAUAUUGUUUAAUGCACAUAGUAUCAGCAUAAAUAUAUAUAUAAAUAUAUAUAAAUAUAAAUAUAUUUUUUUUAUAGCUAACACAAGGCAGGCUCUUGUGACUGUUAAAAAGUGCAUUUUUGCCAUCCAGACGAUGGAAAUAGAUUGCAUUGUUGCAUAUUUCCACUGAGCUGUAAAAUAAUCCUUAAUAUUAAAAUAAAUUUUUAUGUUAUGUAGGGAAAGUUGUUCAUUUAACUGCAGAGUUAUAACUUUGCCUGUCUCUUGGAGCCACAGAUUCUUUAACAGCAAGACCCUUUCCUGCCUUGACAAGGAAAAGAUAAUAUUUUUAAAGAAGACUCCCAGUGAAAUGUUUCCUUUGGUACAAAGGGAUCGAUAUACAUUGAACUUCUCAAAUCUUGAUUCAGAUUAUGUAUGUGACCUUUCUUAUUUCUUUCUUCUUUUCCUUUCUUUUAACAUAUCAUGUGAGCAGAGACAUUUGAAUUGUGGUAAGGUACAGUUUCCAGCAUUUUCAGCUUCAGUUUUCAAUGUGUUUAGUUACAUUUUCAGGUGCCACCUUUAUAGCACAGCUAUUUGCAUUUCCAUGUCAAUACUUGUAUGAUUCCUUUUUUAAAACAAAAACAUGAUUUUUACCUGUUAUUUCCUUCAGUAAAUAAUACAAUGUGGUA